AUGAUCUAUAUCCGUCGCGACCAACGCCUUUUCGUCGUUGUCGCCGUCGUGGUUUUCCUUCUCUUCAUCGCCGCCCUCAACAACGAUCACGUUCGGGUCUCGGUGCAGAACAAAGUCCCGCAAUGGCUGAAGCAGAGUGAUCCCGCUUACGCAGGGCAAUAUCAACCUCAUGAAGAGGACUACAUACCGCGACCCCACGCCGACUCCUCUCCUCCAAACCACCAUUUUGACACAAUCGCCAAUACCACGGCCGAAACAGUGAUACCUGGAGGCGCCCAUGCACCUGGCUUCACGGUCUUUGACCGACUGUACCUUCGGGCGGGCAUAUUUUACGUCGUCACCGCGGAUCCGAGUUCUUGGCCUCCCCGGCGAUACCUACUAGCAAAACCUUUUGAGAUGGGGGCUGGAAAGGAAUUGGAGCCAACUGAUGAGGAUUUGCAAUUCAUCCAUCCAUCGAAAGCCAAGGAAAUUCUGGGGGAAUUUGCGAUGCGGAUACCUGACUUUUCAGUCAUCGUGCACGACCAUUGGCAAUUUAUGAAGCAUUACUAUCAUUGGUGGGGUGAAAUCAUCUUGGGGUUCUGGCGCGUGUACUCUCAUCUCGCAGAAGGCGGUGGUCGUGUGGAGGACCUGCCUUUCCCUGCCCGGUUUAUUUUGACGGUAAUAGAAAAUGAUGAAUGGAGAGAUAGAGCCGGUGUUGAUGGACCGUUCAUGCGAGCAGUUUUUCCGGCAGCUGCUAUCGAAAAGGGGGACUACUGGAAGGAUCUCAUAAAGCUCAAUACCACCGUCGUCUUUGAGCGUUCUAUGCUCAUAAACAGGGAGACCGCGCAUAGACACCCGUUCGGGAGCAAGUGGUACAAAAUGAUUGCCGGAACAAUGAACGUCACCGCGCCGGAAGACUACUGGGCCCCCAUCCGAAAAGCUCUCGCUGAGAACCUUCUAGGGUAUAUCCCGGAACUUGAUGCGAAUGGCGCCGUCACCGGUCCUACGAGUAUACCUGGCGUCGUCACAACGAAGCCAGUGGUCACGUACAUCUCCCGCCAAGGCGCAGGGAGGAGGCUUACCGAUAAAGAUCACCAGGCCCUGGUCGAGGCGCUUCGAGGGCUGGAGAAGGAAGGUUUAUGUGAGGUCCAGAUACCCAUGAUGGAGCGUAUGAGUUUGGCAGACCAGAUUGCGCUGCCGAUGAAGAGUACAAUCAUCGUCGGUGUUCAUGGGAACGGUCUUACGCACCAGCUUUGGAUGCCACGUUCAGAACGAUCCACUGUCAUUGAAAUUUUUGACCCUCCUUCCUAUGCCUUUGAUUAUGAAAUGCUAGCGAGGAAUAUGGGUCACCGGCAUUAUGGAGUGCAAAAUGAUACCCUGCUGACGUUCCCUAAAAAUGAAACUCAUGAGGGCGUCCAUUAUACCCCAGGAUUCCAUGGGAACGCGAUUCCGGUUUACGCCCCGGCUGUCGCGCAAACUAUUCGACAGCGACUCACCGAGCGCAUCCCAUGA